AACGCAUCGGAUUGGACCCCAGACUAUCCAAAGUGGGGCAUUAUGAAUUUCUUCAUUUGCAACUUUUCCUAAGUGGAAUUCAACAUCGAACACAAGAUUAAGAGCUAGACAACUGCUCUGUCUACGAUACUAAACGAUAUACGAACAAUACCGCCAACCUCAAUUGACUGAGUGGUCCUCAAUUCCCCUCCAUUAGUGCCUGUAGGCACGCCACCUCCAAAAAUGCCGCCCCUACUCCCCCGCCCAACUCUCCUCCCACGAACCCUCACCCGAUUCCUCUCCACCAGCGCCCCGCGACCCUCGACACAACAGCGCAUCCCCCCGGAAUCCCCUCUCUUCAUCAACGUGCCCAACCCACCGCAAGACCAAUCCAUCGAAGCCCUGCGCGAACUCAAGCCUAUCCGCGGACACCUCCCGAUCCCGCGCCAAGUCUUCAAGCACCGAGACAGCCACCUGAAGCCGCGAAAUUCUUGGCUCGCCCAAUCCGCCCCGAAGCCCACGUCCGCAAAAUCGCAACAACCGCCGCGGUCCGAGAUCCAAGGAUGGAAACGGCGGAUGGCCGCCUCGCGACGGGAGAACCUGCGCGUGGGCAUACGAGCGCUGUUCAAGCGCAAGCAACUGACAGACAAGAAGCGCGCGGAACGGCAAGCGGCGAAAGUAGCCCUACACCAGGCGGCGGCGGCGGCACCGGAGCGAGAAGACGAGAGGUUGACGCGUGCGUCGAUUAACCCGCGGACGCUAGAGACGGCGGUAGUCCUGGACCCGGAACGGUUCGAGAAAGCGCUUGCCUCGCGGGAGCGCACGACGGCGCUGCUGGCGCAGAAGAGCGAGCGGCGCCGCGACGCUAUCCAGGAGUUGUAUAUGAAGGCACGGUCAUUCAUUGUGACCGAGUCUGAUCUGGAAGCCGAGGUGAAUAAGCUAUUUGCGCCGGACUACUGGAAGAAUAUGGGCUUAUCCGCGAGUGGGUUCGAGGUGCGGAAUAUUUGGGACUUGAACGGCAAGCCGCAGACGGUGUCGGAUAUGCUGAACGAAGUGUCGCGGACGUCGAGCACGGCGGUGAAGAGCUUUGAGACGGAGAAGACGCGCACGCUAAAGAGGCAGAAGGAGGUUGCUGAGGAACUUACGGGUGGUAAGCUGGAUGGAAUUUGAUGAGGGUAUGGAAGGGAAAGGAGAAGUUGGGCAUACAAAGUCGAGACCGGAAGUUGCUAGAUCACGACAUUCGGUUACAGAAUUUUGUGUUACAACCUACGGAACUAUUGCCAACUACUAUACAUGGUUGCCAUUACCUAACCAGAUUCAAAUUACACAACUCCAUAAGUUGUAUCAUAUGUAUAAAAACAUUGGUCAUCUAU